CGACUACUCUAAAGGGUGCUGCUACUAAUUAUCAGCAAUGUUCAUAGACAACGGGAAAUUGACCCUACUGCUGGUCUUAGUGUUACUGAGUGCUUCGGGCUGCACAACAACGAAUUCGUUGUGCGAGCCGUAUCCUUCACUGGAAUUUAAGGAUGAGGGAAUGCAGUGCUCCGGUAUGAGGGUGACGCAGGUGCCGAGGUUGCUGAAGAACAGCCUGCAGAUGUUGCUCCUGACGGGUACAGCCAUCUCGUCUCUGGACAACUCCACCUUCCGUGGCCUUGAGUUUCCGCAGCUGACGACGUUGUAUGUAGCUCAGGGUAAUCUAUCCAGCGUCGCAGCCCACGCCUUCUGCACCCUGCCGGUGCUGACAAAGCUCUACUUGUCCAGCAACCGGUUGGAUAAGCUAGACGACUUGAGUUUCACCUGUAACAAAUUUUUAAAAACCGUAAACUUGGAGGAUAACCCCAGCCUCCGUCACCUGCCACGACUGGUCAGCUCUUCCGUGGAACGUCUGUACCUGGACAACUGCAACCUUGCCACCAUGGACAUUACUACCGUGGAGGGGAUGACAGCCCUGAAGGUUCUCUCUCUGGCGGGUAAUCGAGAUCUCCACUGCCAGUCCAUAAAGACGCAGUUCAAGCAGGCUCGGCCAGAACUGCUGGUCAUCUGCGAAUAUUCUGCUGGAGAUCUCCCUUCUUCCACAUUACCUGGUGAAGAGGAAUGGACUUCCGAAAAACCUUGCACUGAGUCAUAUAUACCAGCAAUAGCGUCUACUGACCCUCACAUUGUAGUUACUACGCCGUACACUUGGCGCAUGGAAUGCGCCAACCGGCCGCCACGUUUGCUCCACGUGGGCCGUGGCUGCUCCACUAAACACGCACAGGGCGCGCGCUGCAGCGAGGCAGCCCACGCUAGUCAGCCACGUGAGCUGGACGCCGCCGCGCUGCCCGCUGCCUGA